UUCGACAUUUGGAGCAAGUUCUGAUUGCUAACUAUCAGCGAAGUAAGCGCCCCCAAGGAGGCAAUGCUGAUUCUACCGGUCCUGUCUCGGCUGGGACAGCACCUGCCUUUGAAGCACUUGUGGAUCAUACGGGCACUGAUGGUGUGCUCAGUGGAGGUCACGACAGGAAGGGCUUUCCACCAGCCACACCUGCUGCUCCGAAGGAGCUUGAUCCGAAGGCCUAUUGCAAGCUGGGUCACUUCCAACUCUUGCUUGAGGAAUAUUCAAAAGCCUUAUCUGCAUAUCAGAAGUACUAUGCAAUGAAGGAGGACCACUGGAAGGAUGAACCUUUCCUGUAUGGCUUGGGCCUUGUUUAUUUCCACUACAGUGCCUACCAUUGGUCUAUCAAAGCAUUCCGCCAAGUGCUUUACAUCGACCCCGGCUUCGCCCGGGCCAAUGAAAUCCACCUGCGUCUUGGGUUGAUGUUCAAGGUCAUUGCUGACUAUGAAUCUGCUCUCAAGCAUCUUCAGUUAGCUCAGAGCGACUCCAGACCCAGCACCUUUACAAAACCUGAAGUGCGCUUUCAUAUUGCUCAUGUUCUGGAAGUGCAGGGGAAAUACAAGCAGGCGAAAGAAGCUUAUGAGCAGCUUCUCAGCUUGAAGGACAUCAGUCGGACAGUGCGGGCUGAAACAUUGCGGCAGUUGGGUUGGAUGCACCAUACCUUAGAGGUCCUAGGGGAAAAACCACAACGGCAAGCGUACGCUCUGCACUGCCUGCAGAAAUCGAUCGAGGCUGACCCGACGAGUGGCCAGUCACUGUACUUUCUCGGACGCUGCUUUGCUAGUAUUGGCAAGGUCCAUGAUGCAUUCAUCUCUUAUCGCAACUCAGUGGACAAGGCGGAGGCCAACGCAGACACCUGGUGCUCCAUAGGAGUACUCUACCAGCAGCAGAGCCAGCCGAUGGACGCUCUGCAGGCGUACAUUUGCGCCGUGCAGUUGGACAAGGCACACAGCCCCGCCUGGACAAACCUGGGUGUGCUGUACGAGAAUUGCAGCCAACCGCAGGAUGCCCUCAAGUGCUACCUCAACGCCAUGCACGGAAGCUCGUCCUCCUCCGGCAACCUGGCAGGCCGAGUCAAGUUCCUGCAGACGCAGCUGAGCGCCGCACCCCCGGCGAGUGUGCAGAAGCCUCGGCAGCUGCCAUGCAUUGAGGAUGCCUGGAACAUUCCAAUCUCCCAGGAGAUGGCCUCCAGGCAAAACAAUCAGCAAAAUCGGAGCCCAGCAGGCUCCACGCCCCAGCAGCGAACAGGCUAUCCCCCGGACCAGGUGGAUGGGAAUAGCACCAAAAAGCUCAAGGUGGCCUCGGGCUCACCACGUGCCAUGACUCCAGGGGCCAGUAGUGAGGUGGGGCCUGAGCACAGGGCAGUCGUCCCUGCUGGCCCACCUCCACCAUUCUACCUGAGCCACCAGCAGCUGCAAGUGCUGGCCUACUUGCAGCAGAACCAGGAGACACUGAACCCCCAGCAACGCAAUCUGCUGCAGCAACUGCAGCAGCAGCACCGGCUCAUGCAGCAGCAUAGGCAACAGCUGCUCCUACAAAGGCAGCAGGCACAGCAGCAGGCACAGCAGCAGCAAGUAGCAGGGGGUAACUUUGCUGCUCCCCCUCGACCCUAUGGGCCCUCGUAUGCCAUGGCUCCCGGCCCGAGGGCCAACGGCUAUGCACCCCCACAGCAGCAGGGAAGUCAGUGUGCCCCCUCAGCUGCAUAUCGCCUCCCGCAACCCCAGGGUCGACCGCAGCUUCCUGUGGCCCCUCUGAGUGACCAGGACCUGCAGCUGCUCUUGUCGCAAAGUAAAGAAACGGCAUCGAGCCUUGCCGAAGAUAUUCUAGCCCAUCUGGCUGGACCAGACCUCCUCGACACGCCCAGGAUUGCCGAAGCGGGAUUACCGGGUGCCUCAACUGAUGACAGCACGCCAUUAAAGAGCGCACCUGAGGAGUCCAAGGACUCCCUAAAGAGUGGUCUGGCGGAACGACUGCUGCCUGGACAAUCCAAGCCAGCCUUGUCUAUUGCCAUGUCGGCAGCUGAAGUGUUAGAAGGUUGUGCGGAGAUAGCACGCCAGGGAGGUGCCUUCCCACUGAGUCUGCUGUCGGACGACCCUACGCCUCCACGACCACCAGAUCCACCAUCGCCGCCACCCACAAAGGAGCAGCUGCUGCCACAGACACCCAGUGUCUUUCUGGAGAACAAGAAGCAGGCCUUCUCGCCGCAGCUGCAAGAGUUUUGUGUGGCGCACCCCAUUGCAGUGAUCCGGAAUAUGGCCAAUGUCCUCAAACUAGAUCUUGGCCUUUUUUCUACAAAAACGCUUGUGGAAGCUAACCCGGACCAUACGAUAGAGGUUCGCACGCAGCUGAUGCAGUCGCCGGACGAGAAUUGGGAUGCAGAACGGCGGAACAUGGUGUGGCGCUGUGAGAGCCAUCGGUCACACACGAGUAUAGCACGCUACGCUCAGUACCAGGCGUCUUCGUUCCAGGAGUCCCUCAAGGAAGAGCAAGAGAAGGCGCAGGGUGUACAGCGAGAGUCUGACAGUGACUCAAACUCGUCACUGCCUCGGGCAUCGGCAGGCGGCAAGAGGUGGCGGCGCAGUGCCCACUUUAAGACCAUUAAAUUUGGCACCAACGUGGACCUGUCCGACGAGCGCAAAUGGCGGCCACAGCUGCAGGAGCUGACCAAGCUGCCAGCCUUUGCACGGGUCGUCUCUGCGGGCAACAUGCUUAGCCACGUGGGCCACACCAUUCUUGGCAUGAACACCGUGCAGCUGUACAUGAAGGUGCCUGGCAGUCGCACACCUGGCCAUCAGGAGAACAACAACUUCUGCUCAGUCAACAUCAACAUAGGGCCAGGAGAGUGUGAAUGGUUCGCGACGCCGGAAGAGUACUGGGGUGUCAUACACGGCCUCUGUGAACGGAACAACAUCAACUACCUCCAUGGGUCGUGGUGGCCCCUGAUGGAGGACCUCAUGGCAGCACGCAUCCCAGUCUACCGGUUUCUGCAGCGUCCGGGCGACUUGGUGUGGGUGAACGCGGGCACCGUGCACUGGGUGCAGGCCGUGGGCUGGUGCAACAACAUUGCCUGGAACGUGGGCCCUCUCAACAGCACGCAGUUCAGGCUGGGCCUCGAGCGGUACGAGUGGAACAAGCUGCAGGCCUACAAGUCCAUUGUGCCCAUGAUUCACCUCUCCUGGAACCUGGCACGCAACCUCAAGGUCUCUGAGCCGCAGCUCUUUGAGCUGAUCAAGUACUGCCUGCUACGGUCACUGAGGCAUUGUCAGAUAGUGGUCGAGUUUGUCAAAGGCCUCGGCAAGGACAUCCGCUGGCACGGACGAGCCAAGAAUGAGAUUGCCCACUAUUGCACCAACUGCGAGCUGGAGGUGUUCAACAUCCUGCUGGUGAGGGAGGUCGACAAGAAGCAUAUGGUUCACUGCCUCAGCUGCAGCCGUCGCAUCAACCCCCGCCUCGACGGAUUCGUCGUGCUUGAAGAGUACUCAAUAGAAGACCUCAUGGAUGUCUACGACAACUUCUCCCUGCAACCCGCACAAACUCCUUCAAGCUCAUCAUGACAGUCAGCAGGGAGCCCAUGUACCAUACCUUGACUGCUGGAACAGUCACCCAGUCAGCCACUGCACUGGCCUGAGCAGCUGGCCUGAAGAGCGUGCGCGCCCCCGUCACGGUUCUGCCCGCACCUUGAAACCACCAGCAGAAGCAGCAGCAAGUCGUUAGUGCACGUGUACAUAGCAGAUAUUUCAUCAAGGGGACAAUUAGUGCUGCAGACAUUGCGUUUUCUUCAUACUUAGUGUGUCCCUCGAAUUGAGUUGGAGGGGGGGCUUCUGUUAUACACAUUCACAGAACUGUGUCCACGCCUUUUUGUUUUUUGUUAAGAGCACUCAAUGAAGAGAGCAUAAAAGCUUGCUUACGAAACCAGUGAAGGAAAAAAAAUCUUUGGCUUUGAGCUAGGCACGGCAAGAGUGUAAAGUGUAUUCUCGUCAAAUGUGGCAAGUUAGUUCUGCCAGUUUUGAAGGAGCGCACGAGUUGGCAUGUGGCACUGAGCGUGUGGUCGGCAUAUGUACAAAGGCCGGCUUCGCUGAUAUAGAUGGCAAGGUUUCGCAUAAAUUUCGGAACCUUGCAGGGUUUGGCACCUUCCACUUCUAAGUCUCCAGGAAGAGCGUACUGUAGCAAGGUUCAGAGUGUAGAGUUUGUUGGUUGCCUGUUUUGUGUGGUCCUGGUCGUAUCGCAAGUGCUCAAGUAAGGGCUGCACAGAGGAUUUCCUACUUGAAGGUGAAAUACAACCUAGGGCUGUAAUAUUACAUGCAGACGUUACUCGGAAAUGCAUGCGGAUGUUGCAAGCUAGUCAUCAUAUUGCGAGACUGCUUUGCUGGAACGUGCAUUUUAUACACACAAGCUAUGCCAAGUGUAUAAGCGCUGUGUAUAAAUGUUUAGUGUACAAGCGCUGCGGUGGAGACAGUAGUACUGAAGGCCACACACCCAGAAUUGCUCAAACCCCUAAUGAUAAUCUGUGCUUGAUUCUAAAAAUGCCCAAAAGGUGUAAAAGUAUUGGAGACUUGCGUGCUCAAGUGCAUGCAGGGCAUCCACACACAGCCAAGACAGAGCCCUUACGUGAGCACGCGCGGGAAAUAGCUGCAGCGGCAUCACACAUGCUCCCAGUGCAAAAUGUCAUCCCUUCACCACAUCUGUGAACACACUGCCAUUUAUGUUUUGUUUUUUCUCAUUGCCUGCCUGUUCAUUGGAAACACUGCCACUUUCCAUCAAGGGCACAACACACAUUUUGGAUAGUGUGCAUAGUGUGAUAGCUAGCCAAGCUCGAUAAUUAUCCUUAUUUUUGCCAUCGUGGGUUGCUGCUGGAAUUCAGCUCGGCAUGGUGUGGAUAGCAUACAAGUGUUGAGGUGUAAGAGGACGUAAAACUAUAUGAAAUAGUGAAAGGACAGAAAAGACCACGAUUUCCUUGCCCAAUCGUCACUUUGUAUUUGCUGUGUUUUGAUGCCGUAAGGGGUAUGAAAACUAUUGUGUCCAGCAGCAAGCACAGAUACAACCGUAUCACUAGGUUCACAAUGUUGCUGGCUCUGGUUAUGUUCCAAAAGCAACUAACACGCAGGAACCGACUGCCUCCACCCAGCAUGUCACAAAUCGGCAGGAGCCAAUUCCGGUGUGGCAAGCAACGUCGCGUUGUUACAAAUUCGAGAACUGUGGCACACUGCGAGAUCAAAGGCAAAAUGAAUUGUGCAUGUUCAUUAGAUUGUUGUCAUGAAAUGACCGAGUUUAUUUGCUCAUUGAAAAUUGUGUAUUGAGGCAAAGCCCAACCCUCCCGAAGGCAUUAUGAUGUCCCAUGAUCUCACUUCAUGCAUCAACAUGUAUUUAUACACACAGACUUUGUAAUAGAAUGCAGCCCUUGUUUUCGAUAAUUGCCUGGCCCUGCCUCUGUUUUUGUGUAAUUUAUCUCGUGUCUUUGCAUUUACAGACAAAGUUUAUGUUUAUUAAAAAAUGAACACUCUGA